AUGGGCAGAACGGAACCCUCCGUCGGUCGACCGCCAGCAGCCUUCCGCAAGGAUGCGCGCUCCAAAAAGGCCAAAGCUACGAUCAACAAAGUCAUUCCGAGUCUGCUACCUGGAAACCCCCGCGCCCAACAAGGAAUCAAUUCCGCAGAACUGGUGCCUUUCCCACAUGCACAAGUCUAUGGCACUGGAUCAGCAGUGACUGCGCAAGAUAGAAAGAUUGAUCAGUCAGCCAAGAAUGGCAAAUUUGUUGAUAGUUUGGCAAAGCAAAAGGCUAAUGAUCAACCAACUCCAGCUCAAGGGGAGCUGAAACUUCCUAAGAUCUCGGUUAGAGAGGUUGAUACACUCGUGGCAGCGAGGGAUCUGCUCGAGAUAGAAACUGCGUCGGGUACCAAGACCGAUUUCAAGAAUGAUCGAGCUCGUGUAACCAUCCUCAACAUGAGCUCACCCCUCAAUCCCGGCGGUGGAUUUCUCAACGGCGCAAACAGUCAAGAGGAGUCAUUGUGCAUGCGGACAACGCUGUACCCCUCAUUAAAGGAUGAAUGGUACCGCAUCCCCGAUCUUUCAUCAAUCUACACUCCCAACGUGCUUGUCUUUCGAGACGAGGAAGCCGAGGACCUUGAUAAGAAAGAUCGCUUUUAUGUGGAUUGCAUCACGGCCGCCAUGCUUCGUGCUCCAGAGUUCGAGAUGAAUGGGGAGAGAGUAGCGACAUACGCCAAUAAAAAGGAUCGUGAAAUAGCGCAUGCGAAAAUGACGGCGGUAAUGCGCAUCGCUGCUAUGAAAAAGACCAAGCGUCUUGUUCUUGGAGCUUGGGGCUGCGGAGCCCAUGGAAACCCCGUUGGUGAAAUCGCACGACUAUGGAAAGCGGUACUGAAACCACGACACGAUAAAUCGAAGACGGGCAAGGACAGAUGGGAGUCUCUUGACGAGAUUGUGUUUGCCAUUAAGGACCACAAUAUGGCUCAGGCUUUUGCGGAGGCUUUUGGCGAGGGUCUUGAGCGGCCGGAUGAAGACAUGGGAGAAGAGGAAGAAGGUGAAGCUGAGAUCGAUCUGGCUGAUGUCAAGCGGCAAGAGUUGCUACAUAAGAUUGAGGAACUGGAGCAGCGCAUGCAAGCGGUGGCGAAUCCAAAGGUGAAAGAUGGUCUGAGGACAGUUCUCGAAGGGCUCAAGAAACAGCUUCCUGCCGAGGAUGGAGCUUCAGGGGAUGAAAGUGAGGAGGAAGCCGUGUAG